AUGGAUGACAAGAGCACUCGCCCUGGCGAUGCCGCCCGCACUGCCAGCACACCAGCGGCGCACGCAACGCGUCCCUCUGCGGCCCCUACCACCGCACCGCCCACCGCACCGCCCACCGCCCCCAAGGUCCAGCAGCCCAAGCCCCAGUCCUUGCCGUCGCGCGCCGGCCCCAGCUCCAUCCUCGUUUCGCCGCGCCAAAAGGGCAACCCAAUCUUAAACAAUGUCAAGUCGACCGCCUGGGAAUACUCAGACAUCCCCGCCGAUUACGUCCUGGGUGCCACAACAUGCGCGCUGUUCCUGUCGCUCAAGUACCACCGCCUGCACCCGGAGUACAUCUACAACCGCAUCCGCGAUCUCAAGGGCCAGUACGACCUGCGCAUCGUGCUGACCAUGGUCGAUGUCGAGAACCACGAAGACUCGCUGCGAGAGCUGUCCAAGACGUCGCUGGUCAACAACGUCACAAUCAUGCUGUGCUGGAGCGCGCAAGAGGCAGGUCGCUACCUGGAGCUCUUCAAGACUUUCGAGCACGCUGCCCCAACGAGCAUCCGUGCCAAGCAGUCGUCCACCUACUCUGAGAACAUGGUCGAGUUCAUCACUGUCCCGCGUGGCAUCAACAAGACGGAUGCUGUUGGUCUGGUCUCCAACUUUGGGAGCAUUCGGACUGCCAUCAAUGCUGGGCCAGAAGAGAUUGGCUUGAUCGCAGGCUGGGGAGACAAAAAAGUCCAGCGCUGGUGCAACGCAGUGAAAGAACCCUUCAGGGUCAGGAAAGCUGCAAGGCGAGGUCUUGCUCUGGAGAACACCCAGGCAAACACUUCCAGAGACAACUCCAUGGCUGAAGGCGAAAGCCAAACAUCAGGAGAGCCGCAUGUUCAAGCAAUGGCGCGUCAGAGAUUGGAGGAUGCUGUGCCGGUAGCUCUUGCGAUGCAGCAAGCUACCGCAACCUCAAAGGCCAACACAGAUGCAGACAGACGGUCUGAAUACCGUCCUGCUGAAGUUUCGAAUGAGUUUGAGGAUGAUGAAGAAGCUCUGCAAGAGAUCAGCCAAGCGCCCGAGCCUACCACGUCCAGGCCUGCAAAGCGGAAGCAAAUAGAAGAUAAUGUCAGCGAUGGCGUCAUGGCGGCACUAAACAAGCUGAGAAAGCAGUAA